AUGUACAUUGGACAGUGCACCAUGAGAGCUGGGUAUCGAUCACCGGAUCCCAAGUCACAGAGAGUCCACCAGUGUAACGAUGAAGAGCCGCGAGAAGGGAACCGCGCCUCGAACCGUACCGUAAUUGGAGAGCCCUUCAGCCGAGGCGUGCUCGUUAACGAGCUGUUGCAGCUCGAGGUUUUGGUUCGCAUGAGACAGCAGAUACAAUUCGGCGAGGCUGCUUUCCAGGCUCUGGAAUGCUGUCGGGAUUUGGUCCAAAUAACGGAUCCUUCAUUCAAGAUUCAGUAUGCCAACAAGGCUUGUGAGAAAGUGUUGGGUUAUGCACGGGAGGACGUCGUGGACGCGUCGAUCCACGAUGUGACGAAAGACGAUGUCGUUUCGUCGAGCUCAUCAUCCGAACGAAUCGGAUCGUCGGCGCCACUUCCGGAAGAAGGAGUUUCUCCCCCACCUGCUUCCGGUGGUGGACUGAGCGUGUCGCUGAGCUGCUUGAAGCAGGGCAAAGACUGGGAAGGAUCUCUGACCUGCCGGCGGAAGUCCGGCGACUACAUACCACUGCAGACGCGAGUCUCGCCAAUUGCCCCGCAAAACGGGCACGCGGAUCACUACGUGUUCGUGGAGGAGUGUCCCGUAUUAUUCCUGGACAAAGGUCUGUUGAACGAAAUUUAUGACUCGGCGUAUCCACGGCCUCCGAUGUCCCGAGGGAGCUUAUUCUCUGCACGGAAGUUCUCCACCGACGUCCGGUCUUUAACCAGUGAGGUGGGAAGGCGUCAGUCGAUAGCGAAACAGCACACCACCACGGUGGAAGCUCCCAUCUUCCGCGCCGUUAACCUAAUUCAUGCUGCCAAAGAAAACUCCCCCGGGCACGUGACCCAAGCAUUGGACAAGGUGCUUGAAAUUUUGCGAUCCGCGGAGCUUUACUCUCCGGUGUUCAGCGGGCAGCAGUCCAGAAAUGAAGACCCUCUUGCGAAUGACCUCCUUGGUGGUUUGUUGGCGCUCCAUUUGGCGCUGAGCAACGCCAACAGCGUGGGACCUGCAACGCCGAUGAGCCCGCCGCACGGGAUCAAGAAUCCCUUCCCAUACAGUUCUCCAUUAUCACAGGCCUCUGUGGAAGUCCGGGGUUUACUUGAAAAAGAGAAGACUUGGGCGUUCGACGUCAUAAAGCUGGAGGAAGCAACAAAGAAAAGGCCUCUAUUUUAUGCAGGCAUGGCAACAUUCAUGAGAUUUCAGGUUCAUGCAGUGCUCAACGUGGAUCUGAAAACGCUUCACAACUGGCUGCAGAUGAUCGAAGCUCAUUACCAUGCCUCAAACCCGUAUCAUAAUGCCACGCAUGCCGCAGAUGUCAUGCAGGCGAUCGGAUAUUUCUUGGAGUUUCCCGUGAUAAAAGAAGCGAUGGAGCCGUUGGAUAACGCAGCGUGCUUGAUCGCUGCUGUGAUACAUGAUUUGGAUCACCCGGGCAAGAACUCUGCUUUCCUUGUCAACACACGACACGACCUGGCUGUUCUUUACAACGACACCAGUGUUCUAGAGUCCCAUCACGUCGCUCAUGCUUUUAAGCUCACACUUUCUGAUCCAAGAUUCAAUAUUUUUAAGGGGCUGGAUCGGGAGACUUUUCAGACAAUCCGGAGAAGCAUAAUCGAUAUGGUGCUGGCCACUGAGAUGACUAAGCAUUUCGAACACUUGUCAAAAUUCAAAAAUGCAUUUGAUUCUACCUCGGGCGUCUCCGGUGAUGAUGCCGAUUCCGUUUCUAAUGAGCCACAGGGAUCUGACUCUGAUGCUCAAGGCGAGAAUGAGCAGGCUGUGGCUUGGGCCACGACUGAAAACAUAGUACUAGUGAAGCGUAUGAUGAUCAAGUGUGCGGAUGUUUCAAAUCCUGUGCGACCACUGCAUUUGUGCCAAGAAUGGGGCUAUCGUAUUGCGGAGGAAUACUUUCAGCAGACGGAGGAAGAAACCGAUCGAGGCCUGCCGAUCGUGAUGCCAUUAUUCGACCGAAGAACGUGUUCCAUUCCGAAAGCUCAAAUUGGAUUUAUAGAUUUUUUCAUCACCGAUAUGUUCAUGGCUUUUGAUGCGUUUGCGGACACACCGGAACUUCUGGAAAGACUGAAGCACAACUAUGAGUUCUGGAAACUAGAAAAUCAACGCUUGAUGGAAGCAGAAGCAGAGCAAAGUUCUCCUCUCUGAAAGCGUUGAAAUUCGAAGCAUGCAUGUCAAGUGAAAGAUGCUCACGAAGUUCCUGGCAGGAGUGGGAUUUUCUAUUCAAGCGCAAGCCGUUCUUCGGUAUUCCAGUGCUUUUUGUGGUGUCGAAGCUCCAGUGAAGGAAAAGAAUCAGGGAGGAAAAACUGAGCUAGAAAAAAGCUCGUUACAAAUUUGCGGUGGAAUAGGCGAGCGAUUGUGUCGACUGAGCUAUGUGCAGGAUUGGUUCCCUUGUUUUGCGAGCUUAAAAUUAAUUUAAUGCGACUCUGUCGUCCCUCACGAAAUACUCGGUCGCCUAUGCGGUAUGAACUUCCGAUAAAUUUUGACCAGAGCUCGUUCCAGACAUGGGUUCGUGUUGCUCAUUGUCUGACUGUGUCUACAUGGAGGGUGAGGCCGACCAUUGGCUCGUGAACUGUCGCUCAGAAUUGUGCGUGUUGGGAACGACUAUUCUAGUCUAAUGGUUUUUUACGCGCUUGAGGUCUUCUCUGUUAAUCCGUUUAGGACUUCAUGGGAACAGUUAUUCUCGACAUUUGUCAACCGGUGACUGUCUUGGGGCAGUAUCGUUCCUCUGGAACUCAAGUUUUGUUCAGAGGAAACUGAGGAAUGCUUCAAAGCUAGUCAUGUCGUGUUAAAAGAAACAGGGGAUAUUUUUUCUCUGAGUAACUAAUUCCUGAAGAAAAAAAAUUGAAGCAAUCAAAACGGAGUAUUAUAUGGACGGGGACGUUCGGAUUGUAGGAAACUUCGAUAAGAUUUUUCUGUGAAAUUAAUUAUCGCAUGUUCCCUGGUUUCAGGCUUCGAUUACGAUUGUUAUGGUAUUCUCGUAUCUUUACAUCAUCUGAGAAAAGUUUCGAUUAAAUCUGUGUUCUGAUUUAUGAACAAAAGGGCGCGAAGGUUUCCAUAAUACUGUACUGUAUUGAAUAAUUAUAUUGUUGAAAAACUCGAAUGGAAAGUAAAAACACGGGUCACAUUAAGUUUUGAUUAUAUGCGUUGACGUAAUUAGUACUUCCUCACGAGGUAUCAAGUGGAUGCGAGAUGUUAUAUGUUCUGCUUCUUCGUGAUAUUGAGUUGAACAUUUUUUCUCCGGGUUCCGGCUUGUGACUGACGUGGCGAGAGUCCCCCACGAUGACAAUAUCAAUGAGAGAUCGACUUUGUGAUAGAUAGAGCAUAAUAGCAUUAGGCCCCCCAUUAUGUUCUUUCGGGUUUGUUUUUUCUUAUCCUCGCUCUCGCCUUCUCGGUUUAUAUUUCUGCUCAAGUUCAACUUUGCGUGAAUCGGCUCAAGAAAUUCGGUGAAUUAUUAGUGAGCUUCUGGGAAAUCCUCGAUUAACCGCGUAAGGUUGAAAGGUUAGUCAAUAUUCCACGGGCUGGUCACCUCUUGAGUAAUGGAAUAGGUAACCUGGGUGCUCAUAGGAGUCGGGCUGAAUGCGUUGGAGAAUGGCUUCGCUGUGUUCCACUCAGAUAAAUGUUCGUCAUAGGGCCAAUUCCAUGGAUUCAGUCCCUAGAUCAGGUUUGUUAUGGGCACUUUCCUCCGAAGACCUUCCUUCCUUUUCCCCAUUUUAUGUGUUAUUUCUGGGUUGAGAAUUGUGAAAGGUGUUGACCAAGGGGGAGCUGGCUCCUGGUAUCCCAUUUGGAUCGGUGGUCUGUGUUUUGUCGACAUUACUGCCGUUGUCUGUUUCAGUACAAAAUAUGAUGCCGAUGGGAUGCAGAACCAUCUAAUUAACUGAGAUGGCUGAAUUCGUGAAGGGAAAACCUCUUCAGCCCAUGAUGGCGACCUUCUGUUUGGGAAUGAUGUGUGUGCAUGAGUGGUGAAAAUGGGAUGACUGAGGAUGUUGCUGAUGCUGAAACACGAAAUAAAAUUAUGGGAAGUCCUGUGUUCUAA